UCUCCCUCUCUUUCUCUCUCCCUCCUCGUAGCUGAAAAUAAAACCAAGAAAAGAAAAAAAAAAAAUUGUUCUCUUCACUCUCGACUGAGGCACCAAACUCGGUGGCGGCUCACCGAGUCAUAAUCACGAGUGCAACAAACUCAAUGGGAGAACCAGAACAACAAGAGUUGGGGAGUAAUGAUGGAGGAAAGAGAAAGUUAGAUGUUUUUGAACUGGCUAAACAAAGAGCACAAGAAAUCGCUUCUCGUAUCGCUAAUGACGCUGACUUAAAACGACCUCGUCUCGUCUCCGAUAGCUCACCUGACCCUCCUUCUUUAUACUCUAAUUCCAUCCCUGCCCCUCCUUCUUACACUGUUUCCUAUGCUUCACAACAAAGUCAGUAUCAUGGCUCACAAGGCACAAGUAAGAGAAUCACUAUUCCUAGUGGCAAGGUUGGUGUUGUUAUAGGGAAAGGAGGAGAAACAAUUAAAAAUAUUCAACUUCAGUCAGGGGCUAAAAUCCAAAUUACAAAGGAUCAAGAUGCUGAUCCCCAUUCUUUGACAAGGGAUGUAGAGUUGAUGGGCACUUCAGAACAAAUUAGCAGGGCAGAAGAGCUUAUUAAUGAUGUGAUUGCGGAGACAGAUGCAGGGGGCUCUGCUUCUUCGGCAGUUCAUGGAUUGAAUACAAAGCAACCUGGAGCUGAACAAUUCUCAAUCAGAGUUCCUAAUGAUAAGGUUGGAUUGCUCAUUGGCAAGGGUGGUGAAACCAUAAAGUACAUGCAAAGCAGAUCAGGGGCACGUAUGCAGAUUAUUCCACUUCACCUUCCUCCUGGUGACCCUACAACAGAGAGAACCGUCUACAUAAAUGGUUUGACAGAACAGAUUGAGGCAGCUAAAGAAUUGGUCAAUGACGUACUCAAUGGGAAACGCAUAAUAGAUCCUACGGGAUCCAGUAGCUAUGGACAGCCAACAUAUCCGGCUACUGGUAAUUGGGCCCAGCCAGGACAAACUCCUAUGCAACAACCCCAAUAUGGAUAUGCACAACCAGGAAACCAACCUACGCCCCCUGCAUACUAUGGUAACUACACCCAGCAACCUGCUUGGGAUCAAUCAAACCCAACGACCAUGUCUCAAACACAGCAAAUGGCCGGAUAUGGGUACUAUGGACAACAACCUCAAAUGGGAUCAGCUCCUCUUAAUUCUAGCUAUAAUCAGACACCACCUGUUGCCAGCAGUGGCUAUGGUAAUAGCUACAGUCAGCAGACAUCAAACUAUGGACAAAACAUCUCUAGUCAGACUCCAACACUGGAACAGCAGAGACCAUAUGCAACUUCAAAUUAUGGAUCAGCUGCUGUGUCAUCUCAAUCGGAUGGGGCAAUUUCCUCCCAAUCAACUCAAGCAGCACCUGCAUAUCCGCCUCCAGCUUAUAAUCAACAAGUUGCAGACCCUCAAACGUACUGGACUGCUGCAGGCUAUGCUGGCCAACCACCACCUCAAACAGGAUAUGAUCAAACAGGGUACUCACAAGCUGGUUAUGGAGUCUCCCUCUCAUCAAAUCAGCCUGUUUAUGGACAAGGUGGAUAUCCUCUUCAGCCAUCUCCUGCCGCAGCAAAUUAUGCUCAGGGAACAAAUCCUCUUGGUUAUGGACAGCCACAGCUUGAGGCACAGCCACAGUCACAGCCAUCAAACAACGGCCAUUCACAAUCAUUGGCCUAUGGAGCUGAAAUUCAUGAUGGGAAUUCGAAUCCAGGGCAUGGUUCAAAUCCUUCUGUGAAGGAAGCAGUUCCUUCUGAGAGAUGAAGUGCAAACUGUUUAAAAGUGGCAUUUGCACGAGUCCUUUUACUCCUGUAUACUACUUCGAGUCAUGAGAGUGAUUACAUUUCUAGGAUUAUGAAUUGUAAUGUUGGGAAAUUUUGUCUGACAAUCAUAAUUUUGCACAUUCAACCUUAUUUGAACUUCAAAACAAAUAGAAUUUGCUAUCUCGGUUUUGAAA